UUGGGCCGUCAUGGCGGUUUCACGGGGGUGAAUUAUGAUCUCAAGAAGAAACUCCAACACAGAAACAAGCAACAGGCGUGUUUUUGCUGGUUAAACUCGGUCUAAGUAAAAGCUCUGUGGCACCCUUGCUGAGCCGAGACAUGUCUGCAGGGGGCAGUGAGCCCGGAGGGGGCAGCAGCUUCAGGACAAGCCUGGCCUCUCAGUUCUUCAGGGAGGAGGAGACGACCGCUAUCGACAUGACAACAAGCGAGAAAGUUGUGGAUUUGUUAAACCAGGCUGCUCUGAUAACCAGCGAAAGCAAACUCACGAUCCUCAAAAAGGUUCAGGAGUUGAUUCUAAACAAGGACCCAUCACUCCUAGACAACUUCUUAGAUGUAAGUAAAGCUGACCCUUCCACACCAAGUGCAGCGCUGGAGGAGCAGAAGGCAGCCGUGGAGGAGAUGGAGGACAUGGAGGAGGAGGAAGAGGAGGAUGACUGA